UGCCGUCGUCUCGCCGGUCUGUCCUGCAGCGUGUUUCCAGACAGUGCACCGUAAAAAACAACACUUUCUUUUUCGUUUAACCGAAAUCUCUCCGCUCACGCAAAAUGGCGAACGUGAUGCUGGAGUUUAAGGCUUCUGCCGGCGACUCCGAGCCACAAAAUCGCCCGGUUUUGGUGCUCGGAACACAGGCUAAUCUGCAGCAGGUCAACUGGAGUCAAAUCAAAGGGAAACUACAACCCGUGGUCAGCAAAGAGAUCUGGCAGGCAGCUCUCUCUGCGCUGAACCCAAACCCCACAGACAGCUGCCCCCUGUACCUGAAUGUGGCAGCGGUCGCUUCACUUCCUGCUCGGGUCAGUCGUCAUAACAGCCCCUCGGCGGCGCAUUUUGUCGCCCGCCUUGUCCGCUCCUGUCUGCCCGGUGGAAACAACCGCUGCAUCGUGAUGGUGUGUGAGCGCUCGGACAUCUUUGCCUCUGCCUGUGCCAUCUCCAGAGCGUUCCCAGUGUUCUCCCGUCGCUCUUUGGCCUCGAGACGAACCGAGAAGAAACGCGUCACCGUGGAGUUCAUGAUUGUCGGAGCAGACAGCAGCCCCCUGGAGCCCAAUGAGCUAGAGUGUCUGUCCAAUGCUGCUGAUGGAGUCCGGUUGGCUGCUCGAAUCGUCGACACUCCAUGCAACGAGAUGAACACAGACCACUUUUUGGAUGAAAUCAAAGCUGUUGGUGCUGAACUAGGAAUUACUCCAGUGAUCAUUCGAGGAGAAGAACUGAAACAUAAAGGGUUUGGAGGGAUCUAUGGAGUGGGUAAAGCAGCAGAGCACCCUCCAGCUUUAGCCGUCCUGAGCCACACACCAGAGGGCGCCACUCAGACCAUCGCAUGGGUCGGAAAAGGGAUUGUGUACGACACUGGUGGACUCAGCAUCAAGGGAAAAACCACAAUGCCAGGGAUGAAGAGAGACUGUGGUGGAGCUGCUGCUAUCCUGGGAGCGUUCAAAGCCACGAUCAAACGGGGAUUUAAGGAUAACCUCCAUGCUGUGUUUUGCCUCGCGGAGAAUUCAGUUGGACCCACAGCCACUCGCCCUGAUGACAUCCACACUCUCUACUCUGGAAAGACAGUGGAGAUUAAUAACACAGAUGCAGAGGGCCGGCUGGUGCUCGCUGAUGGAGUGGUCUAUGCCUGUAAAGACCUGUCCGCUGACAUCAUCCUGGACAUGGCCACACUCACAGGGGCUCAGGGCAUCUCCACAGGGAAGUACCACGCUGCUGUAAUGACCAACAGUAACCAGUGGGAGGCUGCGUGUGUCCGGGCCGGUCGCAGCAGUGGAGAUCUGGCCCAUCCUCUGGUCUACUGUCCAGAAAUGCACUUCAGCGAAUUCACCUCUGCUAUGGCUGACAUGAAGAACUCUGUUGCUGACCGAGAAAAUGCUCAGAGCUCCUGUGCUGGCCUCUUCAUCGCAUCUCACUUGGGCUUUGACUGGUCUGGAGUCUGGGUCCACAUCGACAUUGCUUCACCUGUCCACGCUGGUGAGCGUGCCACAGGUUUUGGUGUGGCUCUGCUCUUGGCUCUCUUCGGUCAAGCCUCCGAUGACUCCAUUUUGAACCAGGUCUCUCCUCUGGGCGCCGCCUCCUCCUCUGCACCAGGCGAAGCGAUGGAACGAGACUGCAAGCGGCGAAGAUUAGUCUAAAAUAAUGUCAAAAAUAUGGCGUUUCCUGUCCACUGCCACUGCACACUUGUUCACUAACGCAUCAAGUAACAAUAUAUGAAGAUUAUUUCAUCUAUUAUUUGUGUAUGUGUUAAAGCAACAUUCUGUAACUUUUGGGGCAUUUCCACAAACCUCAUUUACAAUAUCACUUCAAUGUAACUAUGCCGCAAGCCUUUUCCUUGAUCAGUAAGCUGCUAAUAUUACAUGUAUCACUCUCUCAUGACUGCAAGUUCAUUUUCAGUUUUUUUUAAUGUACAAGUUAAAGCAACAUUCUGUAACUUUUGGGGCAUUUCCACAAAAACUCAUUUACAAUGUCACUUUAAUGUAAUUAUGCCGUAAGCCUUUUCCUGGAUCAGUGAGCUGCUAAUAAUACACGUUUCACUGUAUUCAUUUCACUAUUCACUGCAAAUUUGUAUUUUUGUACACAAGUUAAAGCAGCAUUGCGUAACUUUUUGGGCUUAAUUUCCACAAACACGAUUUACUAUAUCACUUAAAAUGUAAUUAUGCAGUAAACCUUUUCCUUGUUUAAUGUUUCAUGAUUUUCAUUUGUUGGAUGUUAAAGCAACACUAUGUAACUUUAUAGACUGCAUUUCCACAAAUCAAAACUCAACAUAUUCAGCUGUUUUUGUGUCAUGAUAUUGAGCUGAUCUCGCACUAGUUUAUCACUUUGCCAUAACAAAAAUUAGGUAAGGCUGUGAUCUGCUAAUCUACAUAGUGUUGCUUUAACAAAAAUAUAAAAUACCUCUUGAACUUAAACUUUCUUAUUUUGUUGUAAGCCAGAAUUGAACCAAGCCAUGCAUUUGACAGAAAGCACUCAGUAAGCCUGGUUUUGAAACCGUUUAAACCUAUUUGUGAUUUCGCACUUCCUCUGUCCUGAAAUAAAGCAGUGGCAUCUUAUU